CUCUCUGUGGUGCUCCCUUGCAGAGUGCUGUUUCCUCAUCUGGAACUUUUUUCUCCAUGUCUGCUCAGCACUGCCUGGAGCCCCUCACCCCUCCUAGUCUGUGGGUGGUAAAGGUAAAUGUUGACCAAGUUCUUGGGACAUGUCGGCUUGUACAGCUCAUGAGACAUCCAGUCUCUCACUUUGACCUUUACAGCAAUUCCACGAUGUAGAAGUUACAAUUCCUGUUUUUCAGCUGAAGAAGGUGAGACAUAGAUCAGUUAAGUGACUGGCUGAAGGCCACACUGCUGCUGUCCCCAGGUCUUUGGGACACUGUAGUUGUUUAUCUCUUUGAGAGCAGAUAUGUGUUAUCUGAAAUGCAUCUCUGUCCCAGGCUCUCAGCAGACUGACUGAGCCAGUUCCUUCCCUGCUGGUGUCCUGGUGACAUGCUAUAGGGACGUGGUUCCAGUGAUGAGCCUGGAAGCUGACCUGCCUGAAGCCAGCCACCAAGCCAGGGGCUCUAGAUAAGGAGCGGCAAACAAGUCGCCCUCUUGCCACCAGCCCCGCUCCCUCGUGGUGGGUGUUGCUAAUCAGUCCUGGCUCUUGGUCCCAGGCCCCAUGUGGCCCAGCAGGCCAUCCUAACACUGCCUUCCAGGCUGUUGUCACUGCCAGUCGGUAGAGAUGACACACAAAUUGAAACCUUCUUCUCACCCUUGGCCUGAGAUUGGGCUGCCUGGGGACUUUGUCAACAAGCAAGGCGUUACUUAGCCAUCCUAGGCUCUUGGAUAAGAAAAGAACCCUGGAAAUCCCAUCUUCCAUUCCCCCUGUCCCACACAGGAAUCUCCCCUGGAGCAUCCAUGACAGGUGGGCAUCCAGCUGGAAUCUGAUUUCUUUGCAAAGCCAUGCAGCUGUUUACAAGAAAGUUCUCCUUAUGCAGAACUGAGAGGUCUGUUUCCAUGUAACUCCUCCCACCGGCUGUAAUGCAGCUCACUCUCUGGGGUGACAGAAAGUCUAAUCGCUUUUCUGCCUGACAGCACUUGUGAUCUUUCUGAUAUCUGAAGGGGAUUUUCAUAUUCUCGAAGUCAUCUCAUCUUCAGCCAGAACAUCCUUCAGUUAUCUUGUGUGAUGUGAGCUUCCCACCAUCACCCGCCUCAUCACCCUCCUCAUCACCCUCCUCUGGCUAUUCGUUAGCUUGUCAUUUUGCAUUCAGCCAGUAUGUUACAUGUCAGGCGUUGUCCCAGGUGCUAGAGAUGCAGCUGUGAAUCAGACAGACCCUGUGGUCUAGAAGGGACUUCAGAGUCCUCUUAACAUGUGGAACCAGUUUGAAGGGGACACGGCUGUGGACGAGGUGGGCGCCUGGCGUAGAUGAGCUCUGUUUUCUCUGUAGUACCUCGAGAGUGGACGUUCCCUAUUUUUUGAAAGAAGGUGGGAAAGAUCUCAGGAGCUGUGCGCUCUGAGAUCUCACUUCCUUUCCAAGCUGCUUAACGUGCUUUUAGCUCAUAGGUAACCGAAACCUCCUGCUAGACCUCCAUCCUCUGUGUUUGUACCCUUGACCUUUUAAACCUGAAUGCUGAGCUUCACAUUCAUUCCUUAUCAGUUUCAUCUUUUCUGGCCUCCUGGCCUUUCAAGAUCCUGUGAGUCUGGAUUCCAUCGUGCAGACCGUUUUGGGGCCUCCCCAUUUGAUGCCCCCAGCUUACUAAUCAAGUGUCGCAUGAGUGUGCGGCGCCCUGCCAGAGACCUUCGUGCAAGGCUGAGAUCAGUCCAUUCUUCAGCCGUGCCUUUGGGGCGCUGUUGUUCUCUGGCUCUGAUUUUUCCUAAAUGUGCUCUCCUCCGGCCCGCAUAGCUCCAUCUUGUCCACGGGAUUUUGUGGGAAGCCGUCAGAAUCCUUGCUGACUCAAGCUGCACUGUGUGUUAAGGUUUUCCCCUGAUACGCCAGUCUAAUAACCUUGUCAGAAAAGAAAUGCUAUGAAUUUAGAACAGUGCUGGCCCCGGGGACCCGCCUCUUCCAUUUCAAAUUGCUUACGACCCUCUAUUUAAUAACCCAUUCCGGAAAUUUGCCAGGAUCCAUUGUUAAGCUUGAUGUUUGUAACUUGGAGAAAUCAGAUGGAAGACCCAGACAGAGCCGGCUGUGUCUAGCUCCAGUUCCGACGUCACUCCCACCCUCCGUGGCACCUUUGAGUGGAGCGGUUACAUAACUGUGAGGUUGCUUCAGCCCCGGGCAGCGUAGGGCUGAGCCUGGAGCCACAGGAACUGGCCUCUGUGCAAGCAGGGAGACCGGUCUCCCUGCCGGAAAGCUGGGGCUCGGACAGGGUGCUGGUUCUGCGUCUCUCCCGGAAGGAAACCGUGCCUCUUGUUCUGUCUGCCUUGCUGCCCCACUCAGACCAGCCUGUCAAGGAAAACUAAGCUGGUUUGGGUCCCUGCUCGUAGGCCAGCCCCUGCAUCCCCGAGCCCUUGCACACGAGGGGCCAGGAGUAACCAAGGAGAUUUCAUCAGGGGUGGAGACUCCUGGGUUGUGAAGCUGGCCGAUCAGGUGUGUUCUCUGGGGGCUAAAACAUUCUAAAGUUGGUGAGGGUGGUUUAAGAAGGUUGGGCCAGAGUCUUGACUGUUCACUUCAACCCGUUAAAGGAAUCCUAGAGUUCCCUGGCCGCGUGGUCUCUGACCCCGGGGACCGCGGCACUCCUCGGCCAUCCACUCACUGUGUCCUCUGGCCGUUCCCCGGGAGCUGAGCUUGCAACUCUGCCUCGUCUCUCGUGCCUCGCUGUGUGCUCACUCCUGCCCGGUGAACGUGGAGAUGUGACCACCGCUGUGGAUGUGGAACACGGUGGCCGCGGGCAGGUGUCCCUGGAGGAUCUCCCAGCGAGUAGAGCUCAGCCGGAGCCAGCUGCAGGCCAUUGGGGAGAGGGUCUCCUUGGCCCAGGCCAAGAUUGAGAAGAUCAAGGGCAGCAAGAAAGCCAUCAAGGUGUUCUCCAGUGCCAAGUACCCUGCCCCGGAGCGCCUGCAGGAGUACAGCUCCAUCUUCACGGGGGCCCAGGACCCUGGCCUGCAGAGACGUGCCCGCCACAGGGUCCAGAGCAAGCACCGUCCCCUGGACGAGCAGGCCCUGCAGGAGAAGCUGAAAUACUUCCCCGUGUGUGUGAGCACCAAGCCAGAGCCUGAAGAUGAAGCCGAGGAGGGGCUGGGGGGUCUCCCCAGCAACAUCAGCUCUGUCAGCUCCUUGCUGCUCUUCAACACCACGGAGAACCUGUACAAAAAGUAUGUCUUCCUGGACCCCCUGGCUGGUGCCGUAACAAAGACCCAUGUGAUGCUGGGCGCGGAGACGGAGGAGAAGCUGUUCGAUGCCCCAUUGUCCAUCAGCAAGAGAGAACAGCUGGAGCAGCAGGUCCCAGAGAACUACUUCUACGUGCCCGACCUGGGCCAAGUGCCUGAGAUCGAUGUGCCGUCCUACCUGCCCGACCUGCCGGGCGUGGCUGACGACCUCAUGUACAGUGCAGAUCUAGGCCCUGGCAUUGCCCCGUCGGCCCCUGGCACCAUUCCAGAGCUGCCUGCCUUCCACACGGAGGUGGCUGAGCCUUUCAAGCCCGAAGAUGGGGUGCUGGCAGUACCCCCGCCGCCGCCGCCGCCGCCACCAGCUCCGGCCCUGCUGGUCAGCGCUCUCCCACCUCUGCCCCCAGCCCAGACCGUGGCCCCGCCGGGACAGCCAGCCAGGGAGGAUGACAGCGGUGGCGCAUCUCCUUCAGUCCAGGGAGCGCCCAAGGAAGUGGUUGACCCCUCCGGUGGCCGGGCCACUCUGCUGGAGUCCAUCCGCCAGGCCGGGGGCAUCGGCAAGGCCAAGCUGCGCAGCGUCAAGGAGCGCAAGCUGGAAAAGAAGCAGCAGAAGGAGCAGAAGCAAGUGAGAGCCACCAGCCAAGGUGGAGACCUGAUGUCGGAUCUCUUCAACAAGCUGGCCAUGAGGCGCAAAGGUAUCUCCGGGAAAGGACCCGGGCCGGGGGCCAGCGAGGGGCCGGGAGGAGCCUUUGCCCGAAUGUCGGACUCCAUCCCGCCCCUGCCUCCCCUGCAGCCAGCCCCAGGAGAGGAGGACGAGGAUGACUGGGAAUCCUAGGGGCUCGCUCGCUCCGCCUUCCCCAAGCCCCCGACUUCAUCACGGACAGGCUCCCGGGAGGGAAGGGGGUCACGGAGGACCGGCCAGCUCUGUUGCCUGGAGCUGCUUCAGGGGCUGCGCUCUGCCUGUGCCUCACCCACCCCCUCGGCCGGCGCGCGUGCCUUUUCCCUAGAGACACUUUGCGGCCAAACAGUACGUGAGUCAAUAAAGAAGUACGAUGCCAGAACCGA